AUGCCAGGUGACCUUAAAACCAAGGUCGGCCACGGCCUGGCCAAGGGCUUAGGGAUCAAGCUUCCCUACCGUGACCCUCUGGGUGCCCAAGCGGAUCCCGUCACUCGCGGCGAGUCGAUGUUUUCCGUUGGUACUAUCGAUACAUACUCCUACGUCGAACCCGAACCCACCUCCGCCGAAUGGCUGAAGGAGGUUACUCCCAGUCGCAGAGAAAUCGCCCAGUACUUUAUACGACUGUUCCCUUUUCUGUCGUGGAUUACGAGAUACAACACGCAAUGGCUCAUUGGAGACUUGGUAGCUGGUAUCACCGUCGGCUGUGUUGUCGUCCCUCAAGGUAUGGCUUAUGCCAAGCUUGCUGAGCUGCCUGUGCAGUUUGGUCUUUACUCUUCGUUCAUGGGUGUCUUGAUCUACUGGUUCUUUGCUACUUCCAAGGAUAUCACCAUCGGUCCCGUCGCUGUCAUGUCAACCCUGGUAGGCGAGGUCGUUCUGGAGGCCAAGAAAAUAGAUCCCGAUGUCCCUGGGCACGUUAUUGCUUCCUGCUUGAGUAUUAUUGCAGGUGCUAUUGUGUGCUUCAUGGGGCUUAUUCGGAUUGGAUUCAUCGUCGAUUUUAUUCCUCUUCCGGCUAUCUCGGCAUUCAUGACUGGAUCGGCCAUCAACAUUUGUGCUGGUCAGGUCAAGGACUUACUCGGAGAGAAGGCAGACUUCUCUACCCGUGGCGCGACUUACAUGACGAUCAUCAAUACCCUCAAACAUCUUCCGUCUAGUACGAUCGAUGCGGCCAUGGGCGUGACUGCCCUCGCCAUGCUGUAUAUCAUUCGUUCGGCCUGCAACUACGGAGCGAAGAAAUACCCGCAUCGUGCCAAGAUCUGGUUUUUCGCGUCUACUCUGCGCACCGUAUUCGUUAUCUUGUUCUACACCAUGAUCAGCGCUGCUGUGAAUCUGCAUCGGAGAGAUGACCCGAUGUUCAAGUUGCUCGGCACUGUCCCUCGUGGAUUCCAAAAUGCGGCGGUUCCUGUGGUCAACGCUCGGAUCAUCAAGACCUUUGCCAGCCAGCUCCCGGCAUCUGUCAUUGUGUUGCUGAUCGAACACAUUGCUAUCUCCAAGUCCUUCGGCCGUGUGAACAACUACACCAUUGACCCUUCUCAGGAACUCGUCGCUAUUGGCGUGACCAACUUGCUCGGACCUUUCCUUGGUGCGUACCCCGCGACCGGUUCGUUCUCUCGUACUGCCAUCAAAUCCAAGGCGGGAGUUCGCACUCCGCUCGCUGGUGUUAUCACGGCUGCCGUUGUCCUUCUCGCCAUCUAUGCCUUGCCGGCCGUCUUCUUCUACAUUCCGAAAGCCUCUCUCUCGGGUGUCAUUAUUCACGCUGUCGGUGACCUGAUCACCCCGCCCAACACUGUGUAUCAGUUCUGGCGUGUUUCGCCCUUGGAUGCGAUUAUCUUCUUUAUCGGAGUGAUCGUCACCGUCUUCACUACGAUUGAAAUCGGUAUUUACUGCACGGUUUCGGUCUCCGCUGCCGUUCUGCUGUUCCGUGUCGCAAAAGCCCGCGGCCAGUUCCUCGGUCGCGUCACCAUCCACUCCGUCAUCGGCGACCACCUGGUGCAAGGAGAUGGCAAAUACGGUUCUGGAAAUGGCGCCGAUCAUCCUUCUGGUGAUGCGGGAACCACCCACCGCAGCAUCUUCCUUCCUAUCAACCAUACCGAUGGAUCGAACCCCGAGGUCGAAGUAGAGCAGCCGUACCCCGGUAUCUUCAUCUACCGGUUCUCGGAAGGCUUCAACUAUCCCAACGCCAACCACUACACUGAUUAUCUGGUCGAUACGAUUUUCAAAAAGACCCGGCGCACCAACCCCUUCACUUACGGCAGCCCUGGCGAUCGGCCGUGGAAUAACCCUGGCCCGCGAAAGGGCAAGUCUGAGCCCGAUGAAUCUCACCUGCCGGUUCUCAAGGCUGUGAUCCUCGACUUCUCCUCUGUGAAUAACGUGGAUGUGACCUCGGUCCAGAACCUCAUCGAUGUGCGCAACCAGCUCGAUAUGUACGCCUCUCCGCGGUCGGUGCAGUGGCAUUUUGCCCACAUCAACAACCGCUGGACCAAGCGCGCGCUGGCCGCUGCGGGCUUUGGCUUCCCCACCCCGUCGUCUGAGGACGGGUUUCACCGAUGGAAGCCCAUCUUUAGCGUGGCCGAGAUUGAAGGGAAAGCUUCCGCGGCGGCGCACGCGGAGAUGGUGAACAACGAGCAUGUGCAGCACAAGGCGCAUCAUGAUGAUAUCGAGACUGGUCUCAAGCAGGACCCCGAGCUGACCGAGCGCGAGACGCACGGCAUCGAAUCUUCGGACGGCGGCAGCACGCAGGAAGACAAGUUGCAGCGCGACCUGAAGGAUAGCCAGGCGUACCGGGAUCGCCGCAAGGUGGCCAUGGUGCAGGGCAUCAACCGGCCAUUCUUCCACAUUGACCUGACCAGCGCGUUGCAGAGCGCGCUGGCCAACGCAGGCGAGCCGGACCCGACGCUGGAUGCGCUUGACGCAUAG